CCCUGUUUACACUGUACCGGAUUCGCUGGUCACGACAUCUUCUUUUGCCGUUACGGAGCAAUGGUUAGUAGCAAAUGCUUAUUAGUUUGACAGAAUUGGCAUGUUUAUUUGGGUCUCUGAGAUUAAAAAACUUCACAGCCUUUCGAUACCUACAAAAUUUGACCCACUCCGAUAGCAAUCCGGUACAGUGUAAACGGAGCCAUAGAAUAGGCCACGCCAGGGCCACGCAGAUACCGAACGCGCACGGAAGAGCACGAAAACAAGACUCGAAUCUCACGAUUUACAUCGAACGAGAAAGGCCUGAUCGCAGGUUACCCUAACCUUCCUCCCUCCUUCACUUUUGAGUUUUGUCAUUUUGUUAUUGUAGAAUAAUUAAUCAGCAUUAAUUUUUAAUUGCAUUUCAUAUUUUUGUUGUUUUCGUAAAAUUGCGUAGAUCUUUUGCACUUCUAGCUGUAUAAAAGUGAGCAAAUAUACAAUAUAAAACUAUAUAUAAUGGGAGCAUCCUCGAGUAAAGAUACUGAAUUGGAAAACGCCUUGUCGAAAUUUGAUGAAGGCCAGGCAGAGAAAUUAGAGUCAGUAUUCGACAGUUUGUCAACUGACAAUAUACUGGAUAAGAGCAAACUUGAGGUAGGCAAUUGCUCUGUUGUUUGUGGGUUGGUAUUUUACUGAUUAAUAAUAGAAAACUUUAUUGCCAUUACUCCCCCCCCCCCCCAUUAGGAACAACCGAACAAGGGUUUCCCCUUACCCCAAAUAGUUGACAAAUUAUAUUAUAGUGCCAGAGGCUUACUUCUGGAGAAAUCAGUUUAACCAGGCCAACUUGUGGAGUGGGGGGAGCAAGUAGAAGUGUUCCCUUGUAUACUUCCAUGGAAGGGGGUAACCUCGUACCCACAGCUUCUGCAACACUUCUGUACCGGACUGGAAAGUUUGGAAAUUGCGUGCCGGAGAUUUUGAAAAUUUAAUAGUAAAUAUAUAGGAAGCAUCAAAAGUGCACAGGGGAUUUCUCCCCAGCGCAAUACAAACUUUCCACACUGGCUUCUGUAUUUGCAAUAUUGGGGAUGGGCCAUAUAUUCCAAGAGGUCUUAUAUUUGAGGUGAUACUACAGUACUUAACAUUUUCAAAAAAUUUUUCAACACCAAUAGAAGCACUUAUCGCCAUAUUUUCCUGGUAAUUUCAUCAACCAAAUAUACAACGCUUUCAACGUCCAAGCAAAAGAUGCGUCUAACAUCAAAGUAGAGAAGAGAGACUUUUUGGUUAGCAUUUGCAAAGUACUAAAAGGUUAUUUACGUGAAAAAGCUGCGAUACUGCAUGAUUUAUCAACAACAAACAUUUAUGAAUCGAAUUUCAAUUUAUUAUUGGAACUAUGUAAGACUUUGAUUGAAGCUUACAUAAAAGCAGUUGAGAAGUCAGGUUUGGGGUCUUCACACAUGCAAACAGGUACAACUAACGAAGCAAAUACGAGCCUAGCCAUGCAGUUAACGAGCAGCAUUCCUGAAGAAAAACAUGGAAAUUUGAGUGUCGAUGAUGUUGAAACAUGGAUGCAAAAGGAAGUUCUAGUGACACGACUAUUUGAAGAUGUUUUUAAAGCUUGUUUUUUGGGAGCUGAUACGAUCCUGGACACACACAAACAUGGAUUGAAAGAAGGAUGUGAACCGACUGUUGAACAUAUGCCAAGAAGGUAAUGGUAUAUAUUGGAUAUAUUAGGAUUAGUGUUAGGAUUAAGGUUAGGAUUGUGAUCAAGGUUAGGAUUAGGAGUUAGGAUUAGAUUAGUGUUAGGACUAGAGAGUAGUCUUAGGGUUGGUGUUAGGGUUUAGAGGUAUUAGCUGGUAUAGGUAAGUUGCUUAGGAUUAGUGGGUAAUUAGAUUAGGAUUAAGAUUGUCAGGGUUAGAAAUGGUUUAGAAAUGGAAUUAAAAGUGAGAAAUAAAAAAUCUCUCCUUAUCCCAACUUUUUCUCUAGAACAGACAUCCUUCUCCCGUGCAAGCUAGAUUUCCAGGGACACAACAUCAAGACUAUCAUAGAUAUUCCUGCAAUGCUCAUGUUGAAUCAUGCUGUGCCACUAGAAUGUCGGCAUAUUUGGCGGCUGUUGUUUGCAACAUCAUGCCAUGGCAAGAGUUUUACAACAUUCUUGCAUCGUAUAGUGUAUCAAGGUCCUACCAUAUUGUUGGUUAAGGAUAGAGAGGGUGCUGCGUUUGGUGGUUUUGCUUCUACCAGUUGGAGAGUGAAGUCUUCAUUUGUGGGUAAUGUAACUAAUGUUUAGAUUUUAAUCAUUUGAUAGAGUAAAAUAACAAAUGGGUGAACUGUGUUUAAGACAAGUCUGGUUUGACCUAUUAUUGCCCAACACUGUAUCUCUUGGCAAAUAAAAUCCCCAGGCGUUAUAGAGGGAGUUACCCUGGGUUCCAGAGCCUUCAGAAAGUCCUGUCCUGUCUCAAGACCUUUAAAAACCUGAAAACCUCUGGCACAUUGCACCUUAAUUAGUUAAUAUUGCACUUAAAUUAAUUAACAUUGCACCAUAAUUAGUUAACAUUGCACCAUAAUUAGUUAACAUUGCAUCUUAAUUAGUUAACAUUGCACCUUAAUUAGUUAACAUUGCACCCUCACCCCCCCCCCCCCCAAGAAAUUAAUUAGGAUUCAUUGCAACUUAGUGGGGAAUCUUAUUUAACACUAAGACACUAAAGAGCAUGUUUUCUGUUCACUAGGUAAUCAUGAUUGUUUUGUGUUUACAUUAAAACCAUCCGUAGUAGUUUAUCAUCCAACUGGUAUGAAUGAUCAUUAUAUGUAUCUAAAUGUUGGCAUGAAAACAAUUCCUAAUGGCCUGGUAAGUAUUGAUAAAAUUGCACUGCACUCUUAACAUCAAUUGACAUACUGGAUGGUUGACAUCUCGAAUAAUACAGUACGAUGAGUCAAGACUGAUGAUAAUUUAUCCUAGGGUAUGGGAGGUCAGUUUGAAUAUUUUGGCUUAUGGUUGGACUCGGAGUUUGGUCCAGGUCACAGUAAGGCGCAUCCUAAAAGCACGACAUAUGGUAAUCCACAGUUAUCUGCUUCAGAAGAAUUUCAGAUUGAAGAAAUUGAAGUGUGGGGUGUAGGAGUCGCACCUGAACAGGAGGUAGGAUGAAACGUAAAAAAACCUGCAUUUCCGCCUUUCCCACGCCUCGCCUCCCUAGUUUUUCGCUGCCUGCGCCUCAAACACAACCCUUAAGGUCCAGACAGACCGGAAGCGAUUCGACAACGCGACGCAAUUUUUCGAUUUUCACUGACCGAUAACUUUGAUCCUAGUUUAAAUUUUCCAAAUAUUUAGAAGCGCUAUCACAUUUUAAGUUAUUUGGUCUACAUAUCUUUUAAAAUUUGCACUCAUUGGCUGUUUUAUUAACUUUCAAAAACUAAAAAAUCGCGUCGCGUUGUCGAAUCGCGUCCGGUGUGUCUGAACCUUUAAAACCACUAGCUACGCAGGCUACUGAAACUGCUCUUUAGUAGCGCGGUAACCCUACGGUUCGGCUGCGUUUCCAUGUGCGGUUAGGUUAGGUUACUCGAUCCGUGCCGGUAAACUAUACUCGUUGUCAUUAUCAUCAUUUUAUGUGUCCUUAGGAGCAAGAACGAAGUGUUUUGGACAGAGAAAUAGACGCUCAAGCCAUCUUGGAUUUAAUUGGCAAAGAAAGAAAGAGUGAUGGACUACGUGAACCAGAAGAUUCAGACUGAUUUCCGAGAAAUUUUAAAGUAACGUCUGUAUCAUUUCUGAUAAACCAUGCAUCUUAAAGUAUGUUGGUACUUUGGGUAGAAAAUCAAAUGUUAGACUAAACAUGGGAGUAUAGAUGGGAUAUCACACUAUUUUUGGUAGGAAAUAAAAAGACCGUGGAAUAAAUUUCUUGUGGGAUUAUACAGCGAUAUGUGAUUGAUUUGACCACCACAUUUAUCCAUUUUAUCACAUGGGAUUUUUAAUUAAAAUUUACAUUUUGUGGAUAGCUAAUGUCAUUAAAAUGAAUUAAUAUUUGUUGGGAUACUGUGUCUUCUUUGUCUAUGAUUCUAGUCCAUUUGCCUUCUAGUACAGCGAAGGCUAACCUACAGGCUGCUCCAUUUAUUGUAAGUUCGGAGUACUCCAGAUUUUCGGAACACUAACAGGAUCGAACCAAACAUGGAAAUAUGACGGUUCUGUUGCCCCUACUCAAAACUUAGCAGUCAAAAAAGUCAGGUGACCGUUUUCGGUUCGUUUCUAUUAGUGUUCCGAAAAUCCGGUGUACUCUGAACAGUAAAUGGAGCAGCCGACUACAAAAGAUUGUGGUUUCCAUUCGUGUGGACUGGUCUUGAUGUCAAUGAUUAUACCUGCCUCGUCAACACAAUCCACCUUCAAAAUCAUCAUCCUCGUCACCAGGCCCCUCCUCUGUAACAUUCUCCUUACUUUCAGACUCCCCAUUGUUCUCAACUCCCACAUAACUCGGAGAGUGUUCGUCACUUGUCGUACCAACUUCGUCAUGUGUCGUACUAACCUCGUCAUGUGUCGUACUAACAUCGUCAUAUGUCGUACCAACUUCGUCAUGUGUCGUAGGAACUUCGUUUGGUUUUUCAUUUAAUGUUUCCGAACCCUGCGCUGUCUCUAACCCCCCUGCAUUUUCAUCACUACCCAAAGGAUUCUCCUCAUCUUCAUCAAAUUCAAGUCUUUGCCUGGGGGGUGGUUCACUAGUUUUAUGUUUCUUAUCACCAGCCGCUUUUGUUUCAUCAACGUUUAACCUAGCGAUAUCGCUCGACAGAAGUCUGAGUUCUGUGUGUUGUUCACUGAUGUUAAAUUCAUCGGAUGGUUUCAAAUCUCUUGCCAACUUACUGAGCUGAAAUAAUACUGGACUGCUUCAAUAUCAGGGUUAUUUGAGAGCGCCAUUGUG